AUGGUUGUAUAUGAUUUAUUUGAAACAUCUGAUGAAAAUAUUGAUAUUAAUGAUUUUGAUAGUAUUGACGUGAAUUCAAAAAUCUCUUAUUUAACAUUAAAUAUUGCAGACGUGGUGAAUUUAAUAUUGCCAGAAUUCUCAGGAACCAGGGAUGCAAUAUUCUCUUCAGAAUCUGUUUUGUCUAAUCAAUCUAGAGAUAUAG